AAGGAAGCUUUGUGUGAUACAAAUGUUCUAAUUGUUCUACAGAGCUAAUCAAAAUGGAGACCCAGCAACUAAUUCUACCAGCUAUGAAUUUAUUUAAUACAUUGUUAAUACAUAUUUGGGAAAUUUUACUUAAUGACUAGACCUAAAUAUUUAAUUAUAACAGGCCUAGGAUAUCCAGUGCAAUGUGGAAAACAUGCAUCACUGGUGCACUCACUUACGUGAAACCUCUCAGUAUUGAUUUUCACCUUACAAGCUCCAUUAUACAGCAGACACUUGUCUUAUCUGGACAACAGGUUAGAGGCCAAUACAUUUGCGCCAUUUUGGAUGAUGGCAUCUGAUCAGGUGGAUGGAUCACAUGAUUUUUCAAGUGUGAAAUCAAACCUGAGUGAAAGACAUUUGUAGGUUACAUUUGAAUACAUGUAAAAAUGUCUAUGGCAGAGGAAUAAACAAUAUUGACAGAUUUGUGUUGACAAUCUAAAGAUUGUUAAAUAUUAGCCUACUGUAGGCUUAUUCAUUUCCUCUUUGAUAUAGGCUAUAAAUCACAUUAAACAUUACCAUUGUGUUUACUGACUAGAAACUAUUUUCUAUGCAUAUUUACACUAUUUGUAAAUAGGGGAACAUUGCAAUAAUUGCAUUUUGCCUUCUUCAAUGAAGCUGCUUGUGAGGGAGUGGGUCGCUGUUGUUGCCGUGCCUGAAUGCCUCACCUUCCCCCAUCCGCGAGACCAGUGCACAACUGUGUACAUCAUCUUAGCGUAAUGGCAAAUGAAUCUUUUGAAAAUGAGGGAGGUACCGGUUCGAGAAACUCAAGAAAUACAAAUUUCACAUCAUCUGUGGAUCUCAGCACGUCCUUAGAUUCAAGUGUUCAGACUCGAAUAUUUAAAAUAAUUGUAAUCGGGGAUUCAAAUGUAGGGAAGACCUGCUUAACCUUCCGCUUCACUGGGGGAAGCUUUCCCGAGAAGACUGAGGCGACAAUCGGUGUGGAUUUCAGGGAGAAAGCAGUGGAAAUAGAGGGCGAAAAAAUAAAGGUGCAGGUGUGGGACACUGCAGGACAGGAGCGCUUCAGGAAGAGCAUGGUAGAACACUACUACCGCAAUGUGCAUGCUGUCGUUUUCGUUUACGACGUCACCAAGAUGGCCUCAUUCCAGAACCUGAAGACGUGGAUCCAAGAGUGCAACGGGCACCGUGUCUCACCCACUGUGCCUCGGGUACUGGUGGGUAACAAGUGUGACCUGGUUAGUCAUAUCCAAGUACCCUCCAACACUGCCCUCAAGUUUGCAGACGCCCACAACAUGCUACUGUUUGAGACCUCGGCGAAGGACCCCAAGGAGAGCCAAAAUGUGGACUCCAUUUUCAUGUGCCUGGCAUGUCGGCUGAAAGCCCAGAAGUCCCUGCUGUACAGGGAUGUUGAGAGGGAGGAUGGAAGGGUUAGGCUCUCACAAGAGACAGAUGUUAAUAAGAGUAACUGCCCUUGUUGA